AUGAUUUUCUGUUUGUCUUUCAAUUUCUUAGCUUUUCUGCGCAUUUCCAUUUUUCUUUUUGUUCUUUUUUACAUUUUCUUAUUUCAGUUUUUCCCUUCACUGGUUUUCCCCUUCUUUGCCUUUUUUAUCUUUUCUACUUUUUCUUCAUUUUUCUUUACUUUUCUGGUUUUUCUCAUCAUUUUUUUCUAUUUCUGCCUUUUACCCAUUUUGUUUUUUCACUUUUCACUUUUCAGUUUUUUUUUUCCGUUUCUGCUGUUUUAUUUCUUUCCUUUUCUGUUUUUUCCCAAUUUUCUCUUUUCUUUUUAUUCCUAUCCCUUUUCCUUUUUAUUUUAUGCUUUUUCUGUUUUUCCCCUAUUCUGCUUUUCUCACUAUUUUUUCUGUUUCUGCUGUGACAUCCACCGGUGGUCGCAGCGCCAAUAUGUGACGUCCUCUGGUCGCGACGCCAAUAUGUGA